UCUCUCUCUCUCUCUCUCUCUCUCCCCCUCCCUACCACCCACAGUGCCCCCCACCUCACCCCACCUCCAAAUUGUCGGUGUCAGAUUUCCCUCUUCCCCACCAGCUAGGGUUUCUUCAGAUCCACACAUCUUCCCCCGGAUCCUCUAUUUCACGCUCGCUCCAUUAUUAAUUACCGAAAUUUUGAUUGAGAUUUAGGGUUUUGUGCGGGAGGUGUUUGUGGAAAUGUCUAAGCCAUUUUUGUGUAUUCUCUUAUGAUUGUUGUUGAGGAAGAGUUUAUGAAGGAUCUGUUCAAUUUGAAGAAGAUUAUUAGGUGGGAGUGGGACUGUUCUUUUGCCAUUCGUAGCCGAGGACGUUGGGGCAAAUGCGGCUGAUUUUCUGAAUUCCUUUACUUUUGUUUUUGGAUAGCUUAAUUCAAAUUAUCUAUAUUUUUGUGGGAUUUUUCGGAAUUACUCAAAAAUGCAGCCUGAUCACCGAAAGAAAAGUUCAGCAGAGAUGGACUUCUUCUCUGAAUAUGGUGAUGCAAAUAGGUACAAAAUUCAGGAAGUCAUUGGGAAAGGAAGCUAUGGUGUCGUUUGUUCAGCCAUUGACACACACACUGGUGAAAAAGUGGCAAUUAAAAAAAUUCAUGACAUCUUUGAACACAUAUCUGAUGCGGCACGGAUCCUCCGCGAGAUAAAGCUUCUGAGACUUCUGCGCCAUCCCGAUAUAGUUGAAAUCAAACAUAUUAUGCUGCCACCAUCCAGGAGGGACUUUAAAGAUAUUUAUGUUGUUUUUGAGCUCAUGGAGUCAGAUCUACACCAAGUUAUCAAGGCUAAUGAUGACUUGACACGGGAACAUUAUCAGUUUUUUCUUUAUCAGUUGCUUCGUGCCCUAAAAUAUAUACACACAGCUAAUGUCUACCAUAGAGACUUAAAGCCGAAAAAUAUCUUGGCAAAUGCAAAUUGUAAGCUUAAGAUCUGUGAUUUUGGAUUGGCCAGAGUUGCAUUCAAUGAUACACCUACCACAAUAUUUUGGACGGAUUAUGUAGCUACUAGAUGGUAUAGAGCUCCAGAAUUAUGCGGUUCAUUUUACUCCAAGUAUACCCCUGCAAUUGAUAUAUGGAGCAUAGGCUGUAUCUUCGCUGAAGUUCUCACUGGGAAGCCACUUUUUCCUGGGAAAAAUGUUGUUCACCAACUGGACCUAAUGACUGAUCUGCUUGGAACACCCUCAAUGGAUACGAUUUCUCGUGUGCGUAAUGACAAGGCUAGGAGAUACCUAACUAGCAUGAGAAAGAAGCAACCCGUUUCUUUUGCACAGAAAUUUCCAAAUGCUGAUCCAUUGGCUCUCAAACUUCUUGAAAGGUUACUCGCUUUCGACCCCAAAGACCGACCCACUGCUGAAGAGGCACUAGCUGAUCCUUAUUUUAAGGGCCUGGCUAAAUCUGAAAGGGAACCAUCAUGCAAGCCAAUUUCAAAGAUGGAGUUUGAAUUUGAGAGGCGAAGGGUGACGAAGGAGGACCUGAGGGAAUUAAUAUUCCGGGAGAUACUAGAAUACCAUCCCCAGCUGAGGAAGGAUUACAUGAAUGGUGUAGAAAGGACUAAUUUUCUGUAUCCGAGUGCUGUUGAUCAAUUCAGGAAACAGUUUGCUCACCUGGAAGAAAACGGUGGUAAUGGUGGUCCAGUCGUUCCGAUGGAUAGGAAGCAUGUCUCUCUUCCAAGGUCUACAGUUGUACAUUCAAAUACAAUCCCUUCGAAGGAACAGCUGAUUGCUGCUGCCAAUAUGAGGGACCGGCAAAAUGGCGAAGAGUCGUGCAGUAGAAACUGCAGAGAUUCUGAAGGCCUUGCAAAUAGUCUAACGAGAACCAUGCAGGCUCAGCCGAGAAUUGCCCUAGCCAAACCAGGAAAGGUUGUCGGUCCAGUUUUGGCAUAUGAUUCUGGAAAUAAAGAAAAAUAUGAUCCUAGAUCUCAAGUCAGGAAUACAGUACCCCCCUCUCAGAUUAUGCCUUCAGCAUACUCUUACGACAGAAGUGGGAUGGUGAAGCAAGAAAGGGCUGUUGUGGAAACAGAGAGGGAUCUGAGUUCUCAUGCAAAACCAAUGACACCAUGUGGCAUGGCUGCCAAGUUAGCCCCCGAUAUUGCUAUAAAUAUUGAUAGCAACCCAUUCUAUAUGAUGCGAGCUGGAGUCACGAAACCAGAUCGUGUUGAUGACAGAAUUACCAUCGACACAAACUUAUUGCAGGCGAAAUCUCAAUAUGGUGGAAUUGGAGUUGCUGCAGCAGCAGCUACUACUGCUGCAGCUCAUAGAAAAGUAGGGACUGUUGUUCAGUAUGGUAUGUCCAGGAUGUACUAGAAAAUGGCUUAAGUGGUGAAUGGUGUAUGAUUUUUUGAGACGAACACUUUGCUGAGUGGAGAAGUUCUUUUCAGAAAUGGGGAGGAAAAGCUCUGCGACCAAAGGGUAUGGUGGUUGUACAGGCAGGGAAAUCUGCGGGGAUCUCGUCCUCUUUCUAAUUGUCAGCUUUUCUUAGUUAUCACAAGACUGAUUGAUAUUUUCAUCAUGAGAUUGAUGUUAGUGAAAUCAAACUUUGAUUACCUGAUGGUAAUUUAUGUAUGGUCA